ACUGUCCAUAUGAAAUGGCAUGUGCAAGUUUGUCUUGAAAUUUGAAAAUGUUUUUUUUUAAUCACGACAUGGCUGGAAAUCUGGAACUAGAUGCCGCAGGGCAGGGGUCUCCCGCGUUGGCUCAGGCGGUGUUCAGCAAAAGAUAAGCAGAAACAUGGCUGUGCCCGCGGCUCCGUCUCUCGCCCUCCGCCCACCUCCGCGCUCCACCAAAGAAUCCCAACGCGCACCCCGCCAUGCGCCGCGGGACGUCGUCUCCUGGACGUCCACCAUCGCGCGCGCGGCGCGCCAGGGUGACCUGCAUGCGGCGGCCGCGUCUCUCUGCGCUAUGCUCUCCUCCCCCGCCGCGCCGGCCCCCAACGACGUCACGCUGCUUACCGUCCUCUCCGCCUGCGCCGACUCCCCAUCCUCGCCGCUAGCCCGCCCCCUCGCCCUCACCCUCCACGCCCGCGCGCUCAAGCUAUUCCCCUCCCACCUCCUCCUCUCCACCUGCCUCGCCAGGUUCUACCUCGCGUCCCGCCUCCCGCACCUCGCGCUCCAGCUGUUCGACACAAUGCCGGUCCGCUCCGUCGUCACCUACAACACCAUGGUCUCCGGGCUCAUGCGCAACGGCCUCGUCGACGCCGCGUUCGAGGUGUUCGACGGGAUGCCCGGCCCGGACAAGGUCUCCUGGACGGCGCUCAUCGACGGGUUCGUCAAGAACGGGCGCCAUGACGAGGCCAUCGACUGCUUCCGCGCCAUGCUGCUGGACAGCGUCGAGCCGGACUACGUCACGUUGAUUGCCGUCGUAUCUGCAUGCGCCGAGGUAGGCGCGCUCGGGCUCGGGAUGUGGGUGCACCGGCUCGUGCUCAGGCAGGGGUUGGAGCGCAAUGUCCGCGUCGCCAACUCGCUGAUCGACAUGUACGCGCGGUGCGGACAGGUGAAGCUCGCGGCGCAGGUGUUCCACUCCAUUAGGAAGCGGACGGUGGUCUCCUGGAACUCGAUGAUCGUCGGACUCGCAGCCAAUGGCUUAUGCACGGAGGCGAUCGAGCUCUUCGAGGAGAUGCGGAGGCAGGGGUUCAAGCCGGACGCGGUGACGCUCACCGGCGUCCUCACGGCUUGCAGCCACGCCGGUCUCACCGAGCACGGCCUGAGGUACUAUGAUCUCAUGACGACAGAGUAUGGUAUAGCCGCGCGGAUGGAGCACUACGGGUGCGUGGUCGACCUGCUUGGUCGUGCCGGGCGCCUGGACGAGGCGAUGCACGUGGUGGAGACGAUGCCGAUGCGACCCAACGAAGUGGUGCUCGGGGCACUCCUCGCGGGCUGCCGGAUGCACGGCGACCUGGACAUGGCCGAGCAGCUCAUGCAGCACCUCUUCGAGCUGGACCCCGGCGGCGAUGCCAACUACGUGCUGCUUUCCAACAUCUACGCGGCCGUCGGGAAGUGGGACGGCGCGGGGAAGGUCCGAAGCCUGAUGAAAGCGCGCGGGGUGAAGAAACGGCCGGGGCACAGCAUCGUGGAGAUCGACGGCGACGUGCACGAGUUCGUGUCGAGUGAUCGGUCCCAUCCGCAGGCCGAGGAGAUUGGCCAGAUGCUUGGGCUACUCAGGCACGAGAUGGCAAUGUAUGGUUGUGAUGAUCAUGGAAGCAGCAGUUUGGAUGGGGAUUGAGCUGCUGGGACUGCAAGAAUGUGGAAGAUGCAAUGCUUCUGCAGGCAGCACCACAGGGUUCAAAGUUUUGCUUGUGCCUGUGGAAUGUCCUCUCUGUAAAGGUGGUUCUUUGCUGCUCCAACAGAUGGAACAUCUGUGUAGAUAAAUGUGUCUGCAUUGCCUUUGUAGCUUGCUAGUGCAUGCAGCUGUUAGCCUGUUACUACUACUUGGACAGGACAAUUGCCCAUCAUUGUAGGGAUUCAACAUAUACGGCACACUGGUAGAGUCAGUUGAUUUCAGCAUGUUUGAUCACAAUUUGAUGAGGUCGAUCAACAUAGACAAUCCAUGUUGCUUUUA